AUGACUGAGCUGCGUGGGCAGGUGGAAGCGAUCUUCGAGGCGAAACUGGGACAUGGCGAGUGCCACGAUGGCGGUGGCGGGACAUGGCUGGAGCGGCAAAGCUACAUCGAAAUUCUUCAAGAUAUUGGUAGCACACUGGAGGAGGCCCAUGCCAUUCUGCAGGACUACCCGCAAAACUCAUGGCUUCGUGUGAAAGACUUCUUGGAUAUCCUCUUCACCUCAGAGGUCCAAAAAGCUGAAGAAAGCAUGCAAGAAAGGAACCAGCCAGGGGCAAGCGCUGCAUUGGAGGUACACAAAAUCGACACCAUCGUGACAGAAGGGAGUGAUGUGAAGAAGCCUUCAACAUCUGAGGCCCAUCUCCGAAAUUACUUCCAGAAGGACUACAAGAAUGGUGGGGCUUUUGAUCACGAAGAAUAUGACUUUGAUGUGGGCGAUUGGUGCUGGGUCCACAAAGGCCUCAAGAUCAAGGUAUGGGCAGAUGCUCUUGAUCUCACCCAAGCUGGGGGAGAUGGUGAUGUGGAAUGUUACUUUCACUAUACAACACAGCUCGGGUUCCAUAACAUCACACACGCGAGCAAAGCCGCUGUGGAAGUGUUCGCCUCUCUCGUCACAAGUGGUGAAAAGGCCAAUGCGUGGUGGGGGAAAGGCGUAUACAGCGUACGGAAGGCACCUGAUGAAUGGCCAAGCGUGGAGACGCUGCUGGACAACAACUACCGCAAUAUGCUCAAGCGAGAUAUCGAUCUGAAAGGUCGUGAGGCGGCAAUCCAGGACUACCAAUCGAGGGUGGAAUUUUGCAUUCCAAUCCUUGUCAAUGCAUCCAUAGCCUACGAUGUCUCGGAACGGCCGACACCGGAAAUGGUGGAGCAGGGGAAGCCUGCUGGUGUGAACCUUGCUGGAAAGCUCCUGAAUGAAGCCGGAAAGCCACCGCGUGAAUGUAUCGUUGUGCGAGCACAAGCAGAAAGCGAUAUUGGAAAUGCCAGAGCAGUGCUGGUGGAGACGCUUCGCUGCCGUGCUGAAGCCGCAGUCACCAGACGUGGCCCUACAGAUGGAUAUACCCUCCAGGCAUUGAGCCGGCUGGCGUCGGUGCUCGAAGACCGCGGCGACCUGGCAGAGGCCGAGGCGCUGUGUCGCCGCGUCUUGGAGGGCGACGAGGCGCAGUGGGGUGCAGAGCACCAACAGACCCUGACGGCGCUGAGCAAUCUCGCGAGCGUCCUGAAGCAGCAGGGCAAGUAUGAGGAGGCUGAAGCACUUUAUCGCAAAGCGCUGGAAGGAAGAGAGGCUCGACUUGGUGCCCGGCACCUCGACACCCUCCUGUCUCUCAGUAAUCUGGCCAGUUUGCUGUGGAGGCAGGGCAAGUUCGAGGAGGCUGAGGCCCUAAACCGAAAGGCACUGGAAGGAAAGGAGGCUCAACUUGGAGAUAGGCACCCCGACACGCUGAGCUCACUCAACAAUCUGGCCGCUUUGCUGUUUGGCCAGGGUAAGCUUGAGGAGGCGGAGCCCCUCUUCCGCAGACAAUUGGAAGGAAUCGAAGCUCAGCUUGGAGCUAGUCAUCCCAACACCCUUACCUUCGCCAACAACUUGGGGGUUCUCCUGCUGGAUCGGAGGAAGCUCGACGAGUCAGAGGUGUUCUUGCACAGAGCCGUGGAAGGGCGAGAAGCCCAGCUGGGCAGCCAUCAUCCCGAAACGCUCCGCUCCGUCUACCACUUGGCCCGUCUCAGUGCGGCUCAAGGGCGCUUGGAGGAGGCCCAGUCGCACUUCCGCCGGGCGAUGGAAGGGCAAGAGGCCCAGUUAGGAGUUAGACAUCAGGAGACUCUGGACUCGAUAUCUGGUCUGGCAAAGCUCUUGGAGGCCAAAGGCUCCAUGGAGGAGGCACAAGAGCUCCGCUCCAAGGGCAGUUGA